AAGGCGCUGCUUGCUCGCAUCGGCAACCCGCGCUCGGAAAGUGGGCACCCGCUGCCGGCGGCCGAGCGGGCAGCGACGGCGGCGCCAGCCGAGUCGCUGUUCGAGCGCCUCCUGGCAAGGGCGCGCGGCGCGCUCGGCGAGGCCGCCGACGCGGCUGCCGACGCGGGGCGCCCGGCCCCCGCCUCCCUCCCUCGCGGCCGGGCGGCGCCGAGCGGGCCGGUGCUGGCCGGCGAGGCGGCCAGGAAGCUACGGCUCGCGUGCUCGCUGGCAGAGGCGGACGGGCGGCCGGGCGGGGAGGGCGGCCCGCCGCCGAACGAGUUUGUCGCGCACGUCGACGCGUCGGUGAGCGCGCUGGUGGCGAGGCACGCACUCGGCGCGGACGCGGCGCACUACGCGUGGCUACACGGCGACGGGCCGGCGCUGCGCUGCUCGAUGGACGAUCUGCUCGCGCUGCGGCGCAGCGCGGGCUUGCUGGCGGAGGAGCUCAAGGCGAGCUCGGGCGGCGGCGCGGAGGGGGGCGAGCAGCCGCCCCUGGCGCUGGCCUCGCGCGCGGUGCUCGGGGUGCAGCGGCUGCUCAAGGCGGCAAUCAUCCAGCAGCAUUUGGUGAUGUGAGAAAUUGUCUAAUGUCUGUGGAAGGGGGGGAAGGAAGGUGCAAGGUGCAGAUCUGCCUCUCUGUUUCGGUUUUGUCUCGCAUUCGUGCUCGUCUACGCAAUAGGAAUACGUUUUUCUUUU